AUGACAAUCGAGACACCUGAAUACGAACAUUUUACGAUCGGAUGUGAUCGAAGUCCAUUAAAUGGUCGUGGAUAUUGUGCAGAGCAUGUACAUAUCCAUCAUUCACAACAAACAAAUCUUAUCCAAGAAGAUGAUGAUGAUAAUUAUAUAUUACUUCGUAAUGGCAAACGACGUAUGUCUUAUCAUAAAUUAUCAUGUAAUACAAAGAAAUCUAAACCAGAAAGUUAUAUUUCAAAUUGUCAUCGAAUAUUUGGUAUAAUUAUUUACGUCUUUAACUGUAAUGUCAUAUUAGCUGCUCAUGAAAUAAUCCGAUCUGAAACCGUUAAAGAAAUCUUAGCAGGUCUUUGCGACAUAAUACGUAUCUCAAGUACAAAUAUAAUCCAACCUCAUACAAUAGCUGAUUCGUGGUUACCACGAACAAUUGUUUACGAUGACUGUUGCCAUGUUGUAAAACACAUUAUUGACUAUUUUCCAAACUUCUUCCGGCAAACACCUGCUUCAACUUUUCUAUAUAACUGUUCAUUUGCUAUUGAUUCCUAUCAUUUUCGGAACCAUACAGAUAAAUGGUACCAAAAGUACCUCAAUCCUAACGAAAAUGAAACUGUCAAACGUUUCAAUACUCAAUCAGCUGAACAAUCCAAUUCUUGGAUAAAGCGCUUCGCUAAACAGUUCAGCCGUUUCGAUGACGAGCACUGUGCUCUUUUUUUGUCGUUAUUGCUUCAUAUUCGUAAUUGUAAGCAAACAAAUCUGAAUCCUUUUGCAACAAACAUACGAACUUUGUUCUCAAGCUCGCGUAACUUUAAUUGCUCUUUUUCUCGUUCCUGAAUUGACAUUUUUAUCACUCUUCAUUUGCAAUUCAGUCUCGUCUCUAUUGCGUUCUUACAUGUAUAUUUUGUUCCAAUACCUACAUAGUAAAUGAGUGAAAAGUUUUUAUAUGAAAAAAUAAAAUAGUAUCGAACUUAUUAUUAUAUAAUUUUCAUCGUACUUUAGGAAAAGUGCGAGAAACACGACUAAAGGUAAUUUAAAAUAAUCUUUCACUAUGCAUAUUUUUACAAAAAAUUACUGGAACAGUAAAUAUGACGUUUUUUCAUUUCAGAUUAUAUAUGAAAUCGGAAAAGCUUAAUUCGAAAAAUGUAAGUCGUGUUCGAACACGACGACAAAAACAAUUGAAUAACAACAACUCAUUUGAACUGGAAAAUGAGAAAAAUGAUCACAAUGUCAUGGUAAUUUAUUUUUAGAAGCUCAAUUAAAUUUUUCCUUAAAACUUGAUUGUUCUAUCGUGUUGACAACUUCUUCUGGUCCAUUUCAUAUGAAAUUUCUACAAAGAUAACAAACAAUUUACAUCAGAACUCGACGAUCUUCUUUGUAUGGCUAUAAAAACUUCACUAGUAGAGUCGUAACCUAAUGUAAUUGCAAAAUAAUUCUUUAGAUAUCAUUUUAUCAUUAUAUACUUGAUUCUGAAAGAAAUUAUUCUUCUAAGUUUUUCCUUGCCUCUGUUUUCUUCAAAAAGUACACCGAACAUUUUAUGAAAACCUCCUCUAGAUAACUAUAAAUAUCUCAAAUACGACGGUAAACGCACAAAAAACAUUUUUUCAAAAGAUGCUUUUAUUCACACAUUGUAUUCUAAAAACAACGCGUAUCGCGUUGAUGAUUCUACACCUUUUGAAUUUUUUUUCAUAUAGAUAUGGUUCUUUUCUCUAACUAAAAGAGCCUAUUAAGUGGCACAUAAUGUCAUUUAGUGGAAUUGUAGUUUUUUUCGUAUCUUGUCUAUAAGGAAGAAUUUCUAAUUAACAAUUUCUGAACCUAUAUAUCACUGAAUAUUUGCUAGUAUCUUUGAUGUAACAAUUACAACUGCCAUUUCUUAUGUCAACCAACUAAACGAAUCUUCAGUCCACUACCAUACUAUUUGCUAUUAAGCUGUAUUGAUUAGUUAAUCCUGAUUUGAUAUUUUUGUUUCUUUUUGAUAUAUGAUAGUACUAUGCGUUCUUAGGUUUUAUUAAUUACUGAUCCACUUAUUCUGGUUUUCGAUAUAGUUUAAAGAUAAAUCAUUGCUAUUAGUAGUUGUUAUUAAAUGCGCAUUCACCUAAGAUCUUACGUCUUCCAUAAUGAAGCAUCAACCUAUUAAGUUUAUCAGUGUCUUAGUUAACUACGUUUUUCUUUUAUUUCAUUACAAGCACAUGCCAAUUGAAAAAGAAACUAUAUCACCAGAAAUACAAAAUCGUUCACGUGCAUCAACUCCCGACAAACAAAACAAACUGGGUACACCACCAUUUACAAUGCGAAUCCACCAUAACCAUUUUGCCAC